AUGGGACCCCUAUGUGGAAGAAUACCGAGGGCACUUGUUGAGAACCUCGCCUCUACUAUAAUUCAAAGCUCGGAGCCUCGGACGGAACCAGUGGGGCCUUGCGUGUUCAUGAGGUAUCACUCGUUAAUAAAUACUGCUAUAUCAAUUGAACUGUUUAUGAAAUUUCCAGGACUGCUCGUUAUUCCCUGGUUCUGCCGGGGUCGGGUUUAUUCCGUUGUUAGCGCCGUUGCGGAUUUCGCCAGUGUUUGGUAUUAA